AUGGUUAAAGACAUAGAUUAUCCAUGCGCUAACUGGAAAAACACAGAUAUGUUCACAAUUGCUAUUGAUAUAGGGGGUACUCUCGCGAAGGUUGUGUUUGCACCGCCGGGAUCGGACAAGUUGAUAUUUGAGACUGUAGAAAGAGAAAAAAUUAAUGAGUUUAUCGCUUUAUUACAUGAGAUAAUAGAUAUCCAUCAUGGUGGUAAUUACAGCACCACCCAAAUAGCUGCCACAGGUGGUGGUGCGUUCAAAUUUUACGAUUUGCUUUUGUCGCAGUUUCCAAACGUUUCAGAUAUUGUAAGGCUGGAUGAAAUGGAUUGCUUAGUAAAGGGACUUGAUUUUUUUAUUCACAAGGUUCCAGACGAGGUAUUUAUGUAUAACGAUUUAGAUGGCGAACAAGGCGUCCCAUCUGUCAUUGAUGGAGACGAAACAUAUCCGUAUAUGUUGGUGAACAUUGGAUCUGGUGUAUCAAUGCUCAAGGUCGACUCUGCAACAAAAUACACUAUGCUUGGUGGUUCAGCUUUGGGCGGGGGCUCGCUAUGGGGCUUACUCUCUUUAAUAACUGGUGCAAAAACAUAUGACGAGAUGCUGGAGUGGGCGACAGAGGGUAACAACGCCAAUGUAGACAUGCUAGUUGGGGACAUCUACGGGACAGAUUACUCCAAACUUGGUCUCAAGUCCAGUACCAUUGCAGCCUCAUUCGGGAAAUUAUUCCAGCGCGAUAACAAGAUAACAGACAGCGACAAACCACUGACUUCGUGUUGUCCGACAUCUACUGCUUCGAUACACAGCAGGGACCACACUAUCAAUAACGCAGAUAUAUCGAGGUCGAUGCUGUAUGCAAUAUCGAACAACAUCAGCCAGAUAGCCUAUCUACAGGCAAAAAUCAAUCACGUGAAAGAAAUAUACUUUGGUGGUUCAUACAUUAGAGGGCAUUCGACUACAAUGAACACUUUAAGCAACGCCAUUAACCAUUGGUCGAAAGGACAGAAAAAGGCACUAUUUUUAAAGCAUGAGGGGUAUCUGGGUGCCAUGGGUGCCUUUUUAUCUAUUCAAAUGAAGUAA